GUUGUGAAAACAUGCAGGUGGGACCUGGGGCACAGGCUGUGGGCAGCCCAGCUAGGCUGCAUCAGCACCCUGCUCUGAGGGAGCUGUGGCUGCCAUGGCAGGAGGAAGUGUCUGCAGGUGCUUGCCCCAGGUGGGCUUUGUAGGUUGGGGGCCAGGGCCAAGGGUGAUUUCCUCCUGCUUCUGGCCAUUAGGAGCUAAUGUGAGCAUUGUAAUAUUAAUUUUAAAAGCCUCACGGGCCUUUGCAAAACAGACUUUGCCGAUUUGUUAAACCUCAGAUUUUGUUCGCAAUGCUAGCAUAGAGUGUUCAGGAAUUCAUGGACAUCUUUACUCUGUUGUAUGCUACAAGGUGUUUCUGAUUAAAUUUAUUUCACAAACUUGAGUUCAUUAAAUAGAUGAACAAUUCUCAUAGACUUAGUGCCAGAAAAAUAGUCACCUCUAAGCCAAAGCCCAAGUCCACAAGCCUCUCCGCUGCUAAGCUGUGCUGAUCAUGAUGCACUCCGGCAGUCUGCGUACAAUGUGCAGUACAAUGACCCGAGUCUAAAUUGAUCCUCAGAAAAUGUAAGUUCUGGAGCUUCCUGUUCUGCUGAUUGUGUUGGACACAGUGUAUCAUACUUCCCCCAAAGAGCUAGAUACAGCUACAGGUAUUCAGCAGUCACCAACACGUUCCUGCAGGAGAGUAUUUAUAAAAGCAGUGGCAUCUCUUUGGAGAGCACAGUGAUCAUUGAAGUAUUGGGGAACUGCCAGAUGGUUUUGAAAGUGCAAGAUGUACAGAUCAAGAAAAGUCUUGCAUCCAGAGAAGAGUCUCUGAAGGAAAUGGACACUCUAAGUUGGAGCAGCAGAUCCUGUCUUCUAAACUGGAAUGUGUUCAGAGCGUUAAGGAUGGAGUCCUGGCAGAAGCCAAGUGUACUGAAUCCAACCUCGUUGCAUUUUCUCAGAAAAGGUGGCAGGGUAAAGACAGAGACUCAGUCUUCGUUGAAACUCUUUCAAGUGGAAGCAGAGACACUGUACAAAAAAGUGGGCUCCAAGGAUCUAUAUAUGACCAGCAUGCUCUGUGAAAGGGAACAAACCAAGAAGGAGGUCACUGGGAAGGAAGUGACCAACCUAUUGUGGAAGCUUUGCCUAGCACAUAGUACGAGUUUUGAGACUGAGGACCUUUUCAUGACUCUCGUGUUUGACCUUCGACAUCUUUCUCUUGAAGCCUUAAAAACAAAGCAAAGAUCUUCGUUUAAGUGCAGAGACAACUGGCAGCCUUUAAUAGAUGCUCUCCCAUCUUGUGCUACGGAAGCAUGCGUUAUCCUAAUGAAAGAAAUUAUAGCUUCCAGAGAAGUUGAAGAAGACAAAAUGGAAUAUUUCUUAUGGUCAUUUUCAUUCAUUCCUAAGCCCACCUCAGGCAUGAUUGAAUCUCUUGCUCCUUUGCUGAAGUCAUCCGGAGCAAGCCAGAGCUGCUUCUUAGGAGUGACUGCUCUCUUACAUCGGUUUUGUUCAGCUCACAGCUCUUGUGAUGGUGUGCCUGCUGUGCAGAGUAUGAUGAGGACACUUGGAGAAUUUUUGGGAGGAAACUGUACCGUGCAAGAUUCAGAAGGUUUGAGCCAGAUGCAGCUGGUUCUAAAAGCUAUUGGAAAUGCAGGAAUGGCAGCAGCUUCACUUGCUCCUGUUUUGAGCCUGUGUGCUUCCCUCCAAAGCAAUCCAACUGAAAUUUGUCUACCUGCUAUCCAGGCAUUCAGACACAUUCCCUGUUCUGUUAGGAAUGCUGUAUUACUUGAGCUGUAUCAAGCAGCCAGUGAAAAUGUGGAAAUAAGGAUUGCUUCUUACUAUAUAGCAAUGAAAUGUCCAAAUGAAGAGUUGCUUAAACAAGUACAAAAGAGUUUGCUAAAAGAAACUUCCAGUCAAGUGGGUUCCUUUGUUUGGAGUCAUCUCUCUCAGCUCCUGGAGACAGAUGAUCCACUGAAGAAACACCUUCGAGAUUCUAUUCCCAAUGAUAUCCUAAACAGAGAUUUUGACUGGGAGACAUGGAAAUACUCCUCAUAUUCAGAUGUCACAUUCCAAUCAGCUGGUGCAGGUGCAAAUAUGGAAGCAUCAGUGGUCUUUUCUCCUGAAUUUUUUGUACCACGAUCAGUCAUGACAAAUUUGACUGUUCACCUUAUGGGGCAGGCUAUAAAUCUACUGGAGGUUGGUGUAUGGUUAGAGAAUGCUGAAGCUCUCAUGCAGAUUUUUGGGCAGAAGUUUGAUACUUUUGGUGACAAUUUUUUUGCAAACACCAACGAAAGAAACCACAAGUCAGGACACCCUGUGCAAACAACAGGAAAAGUCAAGCAGAGGAAGCUGACUUUUAAGCAAUAUAGUCCUGCUGAUCAUCUUGUAACUAUGGCUGGCAAGCCAAAGUUGAGAAAAGCUAACCAGAAUUGGCCACAUCAAAAGUAUAGCAAGAUGAGUGAGUUAGUGAAGAAGGUAAUUGACAGUGUCAUGACUUGGAAAUUUAAUAUAAACAUCCUUCUCUUCCUGAUUUAUUUAUCAUGUCAGUUCACUGAGAGAAAGGUGAGAAAGGAGGAGAUGAAAUGCAAGCUAAGCAUGAAAAUCUUUGGAAAUGAAGGUAGCUUUUUGUAUUGUGAAGAUUUAAAAAAGCAAAUGAAACAUUAUUCUUUAAAUCUGGCUGAACUUGCUGUCAAACUUCUGAAGGGACAAGAGAUCCAGCUUAAUAAAAGGGUUAGUUUAGCCACGGAAGAAUUGCAGUUUCCAGUAAUUUCAGGCUUUCCUGUUCAACUGGCAAUCAAUGCCUCUGCUGCUAUCAAUGUUAAAAUGAAAGGCAAAGCAGACUUCAAAGAACGGUCAAAUUUCUUUGUAAAUGACAUCAAGCCCAGUGCCUUUAUCCAGAUUUCUGUUCAAAUGGGAACUGUGGGGACUGUUGGACAAGCUGGCCUAAGCUGGUUAACAGGAAUAAGGACAUCUACUAGUCUUGAUGGGGGAAUCCAGGUUAAAAAGGGGCAAGAGCUCAAAAUUGUUUUGAACACCCCAGAAGAAUCUAUGGAGAUAAUUAAUUUCAGCUCUAAACUCUUCUUCACAAUGGUGGAUGAGACUGAACGUUUUGAUAUUUUCCAAGACCACAUGGAAAGCAGAUCUUGUACUGGGAAGGAAGCUAGUGCUUUGCUUUAUCCUCUUGCUGGACCUUCAAGAGUGGCUGUCACAUUAACUAAACAAGACAGAGGCCUACAGCAGUACCUUGUGGAAGCUGCAUAUAACUAUGUUCCUCAGAAAAAAAUUGAGAUUGAUGGGAAAAUUGAUUCUUCUAAGAAUUCACGAAUUGGACACCUGGUGUUGAUAAUAGAUGACCAAGAUGUAUAUUACAUUAAGGGUAUGACAGAUUCGCAAAUACUGAAUGGAGAGCAGAGAUAUAUGACCCAAGUGGAGUUAAAGCUGGUAAAGCAAAGCAGUCCUGUCAUUCUGUCAGGAAACAUCACAAAACAACUUGUCAAGAAGAUAGCUUUUUCAGUAUCCCUGAAUAAUCUGUUGAAGGAUGCUGCAUUUCUAUCAGCAUUUCUGGAGAAAAAGUUUGAUGAUAAGCUGAGGCAGUACUCAUUGGAAGGGAAGACAUACCUUCCAGGUGUUCUUGGAGUUCACGUCAUUGGUCUUCUCCAGCAACGUGAGGGCUUGUGGUCUCAUGAUCUGAGGAUAAAAUACAGAUUUCUAGGUACAGUGAAAAAGAAGGAAAGAGAGGCAAAAAGCCUUCAUCAUGAAUGCAGGAUGGGGCAAAAAGUUGAAGAGAAGAUAAGUGCACAUGACUUGUACAAACUGGAUGUUGGCCAUGAAUUUCAUUGUAUGCAGACUCCAACCUAUAAUCACAAGGUUCACCUGAAACAUGAUGUGAGUGCAUUUUGGCUUUCCUCCCAGAUGGAAGUGAACUAUGGGAAACACUGGAAUAAAAUAAACUAUAAGAAGAAACUACUGAUCAGCCAAACAUUUAAGAAUAGUUCCAGUUUUUUACUAGUCAAGUUUAGUGUGCAAGUCGUGGAAAAGCAGAUGAGUUACAGAACCCAACUGCAGCACUCGCGCAGCUCUCAGAAUUAUUUGUAGAGCAACACCAACUUUAAGGUGCAGUAUGAUGACUGCAUGCCAUUUUUGGCUGGACUGCAAUGGAAAGAUGUAUCCAGAAAUGGCCUGAAGAAGUGGGAAGGAGAAUUAAGUAUGGACACCCCAUGGCUAUAUCUGCAUGCAGCUCACAAAAUACAUCAGCCUCAGCAUUCUGUUUAUUUAUUGACUAUGGAACUGACAAUUGGCAAAGUUCUCUCCAUUAAAAAUCUUGUAGUGGAACUAUCCUGUAAAGAUCAAAGCAAUGAAAAGGAGGGGAAAUUUCACAUUUACAUGUUGCGAAGCACGGACGAAAUCUUUUUCAUAGGAAUUCUUCCACUUUCUGUGAAAGGAUUAGAUAUCCCUUGGGCCUCCACAUUUAAUCGUCUUGAGAGAAAUGUUCUGCACAGCUAUACUGAAAUGGUAUCUUUGUGGAAUCAGCUUGUGAAGAAUGAGAUUCAUUUGGAGAAUAAUGAAAAAGACAAAUUUCUUUGCUUUAAGAUAAAAAGCACAAAACAAAACUUCACAGCCAGCUAUCAAAUAGAAGAACUGAAGAAGGAGAAGAUGCUCUAUCAAAAACGUGGAACAGUUUAUUUCAGGCAUCCUUUUAAACUGCUGAUUUUGCAGACCUUUUUUCUGCAGGAGACAUUUACUGUUGACAAACAGCAAAAGCACUACUUUUUGGAAAAAAAAGUUUUGAUAAAUGGUCUGGAGGAAUCAAUUCAAACUCUUAUACUUGGCUACCAACCUGAAACCCCCUAUAUUUGUGCUGGCUUACCUCAUCCUUAUAACUACAGCUUGUUCCCCAGAGAUGUUGAAAUAUGCAUUGUGAAGCAUGAGGUUGAGACUACCUUGAAAGUCAACAAGCAAGGUGUUCUCAGCUUUCUGGGAAGAUACCAGGACAAAUCCAGUGACAUAGACUUCAGACAUCUUUUACAUGUGAAUAUGAUGCACUCAUUCCAGCUUGAGUAUCCACAAGCAAUGGGCCUAAGUGGGGAGCUAUUUUCUAGGCGGACCAAUCCAGAACAUUUUGACUACAGGGUGAACGUAAAAGCGAUCAUCAACAAGACCAUGUCUUCACAGGCCCAAGCAGCACUGAAGAGUUGUGAUGAAAACAAGCUCAAUGGCUCUCUUUACCUUCAUUUUAAUGGAGGGGAUGUGCUGAUGCUGGAAGUUGAUAUGAACAAAGAAAAUAGGAAGAAUGCUAGAGGUGUUGAACUGAGGGCUUUUCUCCACCAAGCAAUCCUUACAAGCCCUGAAUCAGUACAGCUCCAGCUCAUGUGCAAAAUGUUUCCAUCGAGAUGGGACCUUACUGGCAGUUUUUAUCUCCGUCUUUUUAGACUUCUGAUAUCUUCUGUGAUAAAAUUUAAUGAGAAUGGGCUUCAUGUGGGAGCCCAUUUCAUGGGAGCCAGACAGCAGAAAGUUGGUUUUGUCUUGUCCCUAAAUGGAAGAGUCCAACACACGUUUUCUGGAUUCAAGACUAUACCUCAUCUCCUUUCUCUGAAUGGAUUACUAAAGCACAAAAACAACAUUCACAAUGGUAACAUCAAUUUGAUGAUCAACAAUGCACUGUAUGGAUUCCAUCUCAGGAGCAGAAAUGUGUUUGGGAACAUCACCAUACGCAAUAUCACUUUCACUAUGUUUCAGAAUGGCAGUCAGGCAAUCCCAGUGGAAGCAAAACUGACAGGACACCUGGAGCUGAGUAAAGAGAUGAAAAGAGGUCUAGUUAGCUUCCACAUGGAUGAGAAGGCCCUUUUUGUAGAUUUUUCCAAAGUCAUGAGUCAUGGACACAAUAGAGUCUCUGGGACUUUCACACAUAAUAUCAGCUCUUUAAACAAUGCAGGUAUGAAGAAAUCUCUGACUAAUUUCACCACAAAGAUUGCUGCAUUGAUAACGACCACCAUAGAGACAGAACAGCUCAAAACUGAAAUAGAGAUGAAAACCACUGGCAGUGCCAUGGAAAUUUCUCUUUCACUUCAUCACGAUGUGGGAGGACUGAUUAACAUCGUUCCGUGUAUACUACAGAAUCCAACAAGGGUUUCACUGAAUGGGUCGAUGAUUACCAGCGACUUUAGUGUCAUCAUCUUUGGACACAUUUCCUUUAAUGACAUGUUUGCCUGCCUGCAACUUCAUGCCAGCACUAACAUCCAGCCUCAUUUGGAAAUUGACUUCCAGCAUUCCUUGCCUCAGCUUCAAUCUCUGGGUAUUUCCAAAGAGAAUCAAAUGAAAGUGUCAGCUAUCAGAAGUGACAAAUAUAAGGGGAUGCUUGAUGUCAUCUUCGGGCCUUGCAGUUUCAAAGCUGAUGGAGAAAGAAUGGGACUGCCACAUGCUGUAGCCUUUGGGGGCUCAUUUCAAAAGAACACCUGCAAUAUUGACUUGUUGAUGAACCUCCAGUAUGAUGGCAAAACAGUUGAUGUGCAGAUGGAUACUUCCUGCAAAAACAAAUAUGCCUUCCAAGGGAUGCUCAGGCUUUCAGUUCCCUGGACGAGUCAACUUGGGCUGCCUUUUGAAAACUCUGUCCUGUUCUCUGCUUCCACAGAGUCCACCACUGGGGGCAUUUUGUUGCUGCAGGCUGGCAAAUGCAAACUUAAGGCUAGAGGAGAUCUCUGUAUACAGAAUAAAGCUGAAUGGACACUGGAAACAGAAUGUCAGCUUCUGCAGGAUCUUGGAGCACCAGUAAAAAUUGAUGGUUCGGGCUAUAUUUUAAUGGAUAAAAUGAACCUAGAUUCACAGACCUUCAUCAUUGUUGAUGAAAGUAAAUUACAAGUACUCCUUAUACUAAACAUCACUGAUAUUAGAGAAGAACUGAGCCUUGUCCAGAAGUUGGGUGUAGUGUCUCUGAACUACAAACUUACUCAUAACAUAGAGGCACUGAAGGCUUUGCAGGUAGAAGAGAGGAUUGAGUUGCAGGCUAUUUUGAACCUGAAAGUGAUCAAGAGAUUGAGUAUUAAAGUGCGUUAUGGUGCUCACUUGACAGUUCUUGAAGGGCAUAUCCAGGAGUCUGAAACAAUUACCAAUGUAACAGGAAAUUUCAAGCAUACUUGGCCAUGGCUGAUACAAGCCAUAAUCCCAAAAUCUAUACAGGUAGAUGUGUUUUUUCAAGGAAUAAAUGCUACUCAGGAAAGAUAUAUGCAUAUUGCAGCUGGAGAAACAUCAAUCACAUACAUAACAAACUCUUACUAUGUUGGUCACCAAAUGGAUAUCUUUUGCCAGAGUGUACAUAAUAACGAGGUGCUACAGGCAUCUGGCUACCCUAGGGCAAUCAGCUUGAUUCUCAGUUUACAGAUAUCAGAAAACAAAACCAAGACUACAUGUGAAGUACAAUAUGAUGACAAAGAUAUAACCAUGGAUAUGGAUGUUGAUACCAGCUUUGAGCUCUAUGGUUUAUUUGAAUUCAUGGCAGAGGUGAAGCAUUCAAUAUCACUUCUCCAUCAACUGGGACUCCCCUUCUUCCUUCAGGUAAUAAACCAUAGAUCUUUUGCUGUACUUGUGACUGAAAAUGAAUUUGAAGGAGCUCUGAAGCUGGCCUAUGAACAAAACAGAAACUUCUCCUUUACCAUUAGUAGCAAAAAUGACCAGCAAAGUGAAGAGUUGAAUAUAAAAGCACUCCAGAAUCUCCCCUUCUUUCUACAGUACAUCCCCAGUGCAACAGAACUAUCUACUAAGGUAAACUCUGACAAGAGUGAAGUAAAAGGCAAACUCUACCUCAGCAUAGAAAAAAAGGAUUUUAAUGCUACAGCUAAGCUAACUUUCACUGGAACCAGCUACACCAAUGUCAUUGAAAUAAUACAGACAAUGUCCCAGUUAAAAAAUCUUCCAGUGCAGCUUGUGUUCAUGACAGUUUACCAAAAAGGCAACAGAACAUGUAUGCUGAGGCAAAUUGCUCUGUGGGAUGGCAAAGAGGCAAAGAUAACAGGCACUUACACAGGACUCUUUCCAAAGUUGCAUGGAGGUCAUGACAUUCAGGUGGAGCUUUUCUGUCCUUUUUCCAUGACCUUCCCAUGGCAUGUGAAGGUGAAGUUGUAUAUGAAGCAUUCAACAUGCAGUCUUUGGGAUGACCUGACCGUCAUUUGGAAGGAAAAGGACCAGGUACAGGAGCCCACAGAAGAUAUGUGUGGGGGGAUUUACUGGAGCAGAUUCUGGGCCGGACCUGUAGCCCGUGGAGAGGAGCCCACUCAGGAGCAGCUGCAGCUAACGUGCAAUGGUGGGCAGCCUACUGACAUCCAACUGACCCUGGAGGAUAAAUCAAGGACAAACAUCACUGGCUGGAAUGGGUGUGUGUCAGGCUCUUCAAGACAGCUUCAAGGAAUAUUAAGUAUAGAACACCUUCAUGCAUGUGGGUCUCUAGAAGAAACAUCAGCAUCAUUUAAGGAAUAUCUAGAUCUGAACUGGGAUGACAAAAAGUUCAAACACAAUUUAACUUAUGAGGUAAAAGAAGGCUGGUGUAUCUCUUAUAAAAAUCAAUUCUUAUAUCCUGAUAAAUUUCAGUUAGAAGCUGUUAUGGAAAACAUUUUCCUGACUUCAUGCACCAAACAGAAUAUUCUGGGUAAAAUAGAAACAAACUAUUCAUCUUACCUGGAUUAUUACAUGAGCUUUGAUUUCUGCAACAUUCCAAAUAUAAGAACAAAUGUGUUUUUCCUUUAUGGCUGCAUUUUAUUAAAAGGCUCUGAAGACACUUGGCUAGGCCUGACAGGAACUGCUACUUCCUCAGCUGUUCAGAGCCAAAUCCUGGUGGAGGGGAUUAUUGAUCAAAAAGAGAAAGUAAAAGUAGCUGCUUCUAAAGGAAAGGAGUGUUUGCAGUACUACGUGGGGUAUUUGAAAGGUAUGUACCUUCAGAGCUACCAAUGGUAUGAAGAGGCAGGAGGAAAGGUUGUGUCUUACUAUCUCAACAUUAAUGGUGAAAGGCAAGAAAACGUGGGACAAAUUACUCUGACAGCUGUUAAUGAAAGCUUAAAUUUUCUGGUUCAUGGAUGUGGGGAUCCAGUUCUUAAGGCUGAGGACAAAAUUAAUGAAAUUGGGAACAUUCUCAAAGCCAGACUGAUUGAGAAGAUAACGAAGCUUGAUGGAUAUAUCUGGAGACUCAGGAGAUCACAAAGUGGAAUCAAGCAGAUACUAAGAAGCAAGCUCCCACUUUACCUGAAAAAAAUUCAAGACGCUGUCCAGCAAAUGCAGAAUGAAUUGCAAAACCCAUUAGCAACUUUGAAAGAUGCCUACUAUGAUGUAACCUUAAAGCCACUGGAUGAAGUUUGGCAGGAGAAGACAGAAGAGUACAUGAAAAAAGUCCAGGCAUUUUUGCCCAGGAUUAUAAAAGAUGUUUGGCUAAUGGAGCCAAUCCAGAUGACAUUAAGGACUGUUAAAAUAGGCUUGGAUAUGACCACACAGCAGAUGCUCAGGUGGGCAGAGGCCAUGGUUUCUAGAGCUGUGAGCAAGAUCUGGAAGCCCUUACACAACCUUUACAGUUUUUCAGCCAGGAACUGUUCAGUGGCAGUGAAACUGCCAGUACUUCCUAAAGCAUACUGUUCUCUGGAUCUGGCAAAUAUUACUAAUUAUCUCAUUGAAGAAAAGCUAAUGAGGCCUCUCAAAGAUCUCUACAACAUCAACAUGGUUGCAGAGUAUUAUAGAUUCAAACAAAGGAUGAUGGAGAGUCCCUUUGAACAUGCUAUGUUAAUGGGUAACAGGCAUGUUAUGACUUUUGAUGGAAAAAUUUAUGAUUUGGCAACAAAAUGCAGCGUCCUUCUUGCCAAGGAUUUUCUUCACAAUACUUUCACUAUUAUACUAAAUGAGGAAAUCAGUGAUCCACGAUCGCUGUAUGUGGUGAUGAACCAGAGCGUGAUCAAUAUCUAUCCAAGACUGAAGAUGUCUAAAGUAUCUGUGGUAGAGAACUGCCAAGGACUGGAUCAAUCCCUUGAAAAGAGUACCAGUGAUUCAAGGAAAGAAACCAACAAAAUAGAAAUAUCUGAUCACAAAGGAGUUUCUGUCUCUUGUGACUUUCAGUAUGAUCUCUGUACUGUCACUCUGGCUGGAUGGCACCAUGGUAUUUCAGCUGGACUUUUUGGUACCAAUGAUAAUGAAGCUGGAAAUGAAUGGAUACUUCCUAAUCUUUCUUUCUUGAAUGAAACUGUACAUGACACAGAAAGCAAGCAAAAGAAUCAGGUUAAAUCUGACCAGGUAGCUAAGCCUCAAGCAAAAGCAGUCAGUCACCCUGAAUUCCUGGAGUCACCUCACAUUGCAUUACAAACUCAGUCUGGAAACUUACUACCAGGAGCUUUGCUACAGCUACCUCAAAACACCACCUUGCAGAUAGUCAAUGAAGCUCUUGUGUUACAAGACCAGCGGCUGUCCAAAAUGAGGGGAUUAGUGAGCAAGUGCAGUCUCACACAGAAGAAUGUGAAGCCAUGUCCAAUUACAGAUAAGGAAAAAGUCUGUAAGGAGUUUUUUGAAGAAGCACAUUCUUGUCUCAGGAACUGCUUCAAAGUUGUGGACCCCAAACCAUUUACAUCAUGUGUACAUAUGACGUGUGCCUCAAAGAAGAUGAAGGCUGCAUGCAGUUUAGCAGCAGCUUUUGUUCAUUUGUGCAACUGAAAUUUUGUUCCUGUGGAAAUUCCUCCUCAGUGGUAAGUGUCUUCAUUCUGAAUAUUCUGACUGCAUUGUUCCAAUACUUUCAUAUCUGAUAUUCAAGAUCACACAAGAAAAUGAAACUAAUGAAUCUGACUAUGGUGUGAGUAAAAACAGUCCUAUUCCAGAAUUAAUUCUCCUUGCUCCUUUUCCAUCUUAUCUAUCCUUUCUGCUGCUUACUCAGAAGCACAGCAUAACCUAUCUGAUUCAUACUCUAAUGGCUUUCUUAUUUCCUCCUAAAUUGCUUUGUAGAAUAAAGCAGAGGGGAUACUUGUAGUAUAUAAAGGAAUUUCAUGAGGAGUUCCAAUUCGCAGAUACUAAUUUUGUUUCAACCUUUUUUUGGUCUAAAUAUUGCAUGUGGAUGCAUAGUAACAGUAUUAUUGUCGUGGUUCUGCUCGAGUGGGUAGCCGAGCUCCACCACAGCCGCUCUCUCACUCCCCCUCCUCAAAGAGGAAUGGGGAGAAAAUAUGUGAAAAG